GGUUUGGUUAGGUUGUCGUAUAUACUUGUACAUGUUGUUCUCUUUUUACCACGCGUAAGUUUUGUGUAACUGUUUAAAUACUUAAAAACUUUGAAAUUGUAUGUGAAAAAAUAAAAAUGGCAGAAGCAAUGAGACAAACAGUUGCUACAAUAUUAAAAAGUAUUGAAAGGUAUAACCCAGCUAAUCUUCACACGUUAGAACGCUACGUGGAAAUGCAAUCUAAGGAGAAUACCUAUGAUUUGGAAGCAAAUUUAGCUGUGUUAAAACUUUACCAGUUUAAUCCCGAAAAGUUUAACCCUGAUAUUACGUGUCAAAUACUAUUAAAAGCGCUUACAAAUUUUCCUCACACUGAUUUCACUUUGUGCAAGUGUCUACUUCUCGAGUCUGUUGUAGAAAAUGAAACAAUAUCUCAAAUUAAAUAUUUGGCUGACAUCUUAGAGCAAUGUGAUUUUGCUCAGUUCUGGAACAGAGUUCAUCAGAUGCCGGAGCUUUGCAAUCGCAUCAGCAGUUUUUAUGACUCCAUUCGCAAGUUUGUUUGCCACGUUGUAGGCAUCACCUUCCAAACCAUUGAUAAGAAUAAUCUUGCAAAUCUUUUAGGAGGAAUUGAUGACAUUACUUUAAAACAUUGGGUGAAAAAAUAUGGUUGGCGUGAUGAAGGAGAUCUUAUCUUCAUAGCUAAUCAAGAUGAAAACAUCAAGACCAAGAAUAUUACCGAAAAAAUUGAAUUUGAGCAUCUAGCUCCAUUGAUGGCUAUCUUGUAAAGAAUAUUUGAUUGCAAAUAUAUAUUAUCAAUAUAAUAAUUUGUGUUAAACUACAUUGCACAGAUUAUUUUUAUUAAGAUUAAAUAUUCUUAGCUUACAA